UCUAGGAUGCCCUGAAGCCGUAACCUUACGUGAUGUGCGUCUGUUUUCACUGAUAAUACUCACUCUGCCUGUUUGAAAACAUGUACGGAUUUGUAAACUACGCGUUGGAGCUAUUGGUGAUCAAAUCAUUUGGUGAGCAAACCUGGGAAGUUAUAAAAAAAAAUGCGGAAGUUCAAAUGGAAGGUCAGUUCUUGGUACGCCAAAUCUAUGACGAUGAACUUACAUAUAAUUUGAUCGGUGCGGCAGUUGAAGUACUAAAAAUCCCUGCCAACACGAUACUGGAACUAUUCGGCAAGACGUUUUUUGAGUUCUGCCAAGACUCAGGCUACGACAAAAUCCUGCAGGUACUCGGGGCUACUCCGAGAGAUUUCUUGCAGAAUUUGGAUGCACUACAUGACCAUCUGGGUACUUUGUACCCUGGGAUGAAAGCACCAUCGUUCAGAUGCACCGAAAGAUCUGAAGACGGAGAACUUAUGUUGCACUAUUAUUCGGACAGACCAGGACUGGAACAUAUUGUCAUUGGUAUUGUUAAGACAGUCGCUAGCAAAUUACAUGGCACAGAAGUAGAAGUAGAGAUUUUCAAAACAAAAGAGGAGUGUGACCAUGUUCAAUUUCUGAUAACUGAAAAAUCUGGGCCCAGAAAGCCGACGUUACCUGAAAUCGAUGAAAUCGAAACAUUAUCAUUGGAGCCUAAAAUCAGUCCUGCAACGUUUUGUAGGGUAUUUCCGUUCCAUAUUAUGUUCGACAGAGACUUGAAAAUUAUCCAAACUGGAAACACAGUUGCAAGAAUUAUCCCUAUUGUGAAUUCAUUGGACUGUAAAGUUACUGAUAUUCUAGAUACGGUGCGACCACAUUUAGAUUUGACUUUUGAGAACAUUUUAUCUCAUAUAAACACAGUUUACGUAUUGAAGACUCGAACUGGUGUUAUGCAAGCUAAUGCCCCUCCAGAGUACAGAUUUCUGAGGCUCAAAGGUCAGAUGUUGUAUAUUCCUGAGACAGAUGUGGUAGUGUUCCUUUGUUAUCCUAGCGUUAUCAAUCUGGAUGACUUGACAAGACGUGGGCUCUUCAUAAGUGACAUACCGCUACACGAUGCUACCAGAGACUUGGUACUGAUGUCUGAACAAUUUGAAGCUGAUUAUAAGUUGACAAGGAACCUGGAGAUACUUACUGACAAGCUUCAACAGACAUACAGGGAGUUGGACCAAGAAAAGAAGAAGACGGAUCGCCUGCUAUAUUCAGUACUACCGAUAACAGUAGCCAAUGAACUUCGUCACAAGAGACCAGUACCUGCUAGAAGGUACGAUUCUGCUACUCUACUGUUUUCUGGAAUCGUGGGAUUUUCUGAAUAUUGUUCGAAAAACGCUGAUUCCAAAGGUGUGAUGAAGAUUGUACGAAUGUUGAAUGAACUUUAUACAAAAUUUGACGAUCUUACUGAUCCUAAAGUGAAUCCAAAUAUAUACAAGGUGGAGACAGUAGGUGACAAAUACAUGGCUGUAAGUGGUAUUCCAGAACCUUGUGCCACUCAUGCGAAAAAUAUCGCUAAACUGGCGCUUGAUAUGGUAGAUAGGAGCAAAAGUGUCUUAUUUGACGACGAACCUGUGAAAAUAACGAUUGGAAUCCACACAGGAGAAGUAGUUACUGGUGUUAUUGGUCAACGAAUGCCAAGGUAUUGCCUGUAUGGCAACACUGUCAAUUUGACAAGUCGAACGGAGACAACUGGGGAACAUGGAAAUAUUAACAUCACUAAAGAUGUCUAUCGGCUGCUAUGUGAUGGAGAAAACUCCGACGAACAAUUCCAUUUCGAGUAUAGAGGGCCGGUUGUGAUGAAAGGCAAAUCUGAACCAAUGGAAGUUUACACUUUGUCUAGAGCAAAAGUCACGUGAACCGCUAUCGAAAACGGACAUGCAACGUUCUUGAUUUUGUGCAAUACUCUUAGAUAAUGAAAUACUACAAUUAUUGAAUAAAAUGGAUUGAGGCUAUGUGGA